AUGAGAAACACCUUGGUCUCUCGGGCCGACGACAGUACGAGCCCGGUGAUCUCCUGCCCAAAGGUAGGUCAGGGACACUGGGAGGCUGCGCGAAGCGACAAAGUCCGAUUGAGUGGCCUACUGAUGAUGUUUCUCUGCGCUUCCUUCCCUAGCGCAACAAGCUGUCCACUUUCUGGCGAUUCUUUGCGGAUGCGCUUAGCAUGAUGAUCGAGCGUCAAAUGCCUCGUCGAUCUCCGCGGGUCAGUCGUGAAUGUGAAUGAAUGGCGGAUGAAGUCUUGCGGCCCUGAUUUACGUAGCGGUGUGCAGCAGAUCUGUAUGCAGCAGCAGCAUGCAUCAAUUAACAGUCGCGUUAGUCGCGAAAGUGUUCAUGUCCGCGGUGUUGGGCUUUCGACGCGUCAACAAGACACGCCUGCUGCUGCAUGGCACGCUCGCGACGCGUUCUCGGCCGUGCGCACCUUUUGAGAAUCGCUCAAGCGUUUCCUCACGAAUGCAAGCAGGACAAGCUAGGCUGCAUCGGCUGGCUGGCUGCACCUGCAAGCAGUCACGAGUCGUCGCCUCGAUGCUUUGGGCCUGAUGUCGUGACUUGACUCUGCUUGACAUACUUCAGCAUCCUUGCGAAUCCCAGCAUCUGUAGACAAUGCACCGAGUACGCACAAGCCAGUAGCAUUUGCCAAGCCAGCAGUCGUCACCGCCUGCGUCCUCAUCUGCGCGCCCACGUACGAGCCGCCACCUAACCAGACAGAGUUUGGACAGCGUUACUACGUGAGCUGAUCGAGGAAGCAUAGUUCCGCCAUACCCCUGCAACCAUGUCUCUGUACAAUCCUACUUCCAAGACACGAAGAAGGUCGGGCGUGACGCCUGGCGGAUCAGUUCAGACGCCUCAUCGAGCCGGAAUCAGCAACAACAACACGAAUGCCAACCCCUCGGCAGCGGAUUUAUCGGAGGAGCAGAGAUCAGAGAUCAAAGAGGCUUUCGAGCUUUUCGAUACCGACAAGGAUGGAGCGAUCGACUAUCACGAGCUCAAAGUGGCCAUGAGAGCUUUGGGAUUUGAUCUGAAAAAGGCAGAGGUGCUCAAAAUCCUCAGAGAUCACGACAGAGGAGAGGGGGUCAUUCAGUGGGAAGACUUUUUGCGUGUCAGUGAGUAUGGCAGCUGGUAAAGCUAGGCAGGACAGGCGGGGGAAGUUGUCGCAAGUGCUCGGCCCAGACUGGCGCCGGUAGGGCCGGAGAUGGAAGGGCGCAUGUCAAGGGGGACCCUUCACGAUGUGCAAGGAGCAUGCGCUGCCCACACCCGACGAGCCUCCUAUUCUGCCUGCCGACGCGCAUUGUCCCCGCCCCUUAUUCGAACGUCGUCGCAGUGUCGGAGCGCAUAGCAAUGCGCGAUCCCAUGGAUGAAAUCAGACGAGCUUUUGCCCUUUUCGACGAUGACGGGUCUGGCAAGAUCAGCCUUAGGAAUCUCAAACGCGUAGCCAAGGAGCUUGGAGAGUCUUUGGAUGAGGACGAAUUGUGAGUGCAAUGCAAUGCGAGGCGUGCCGAUGCGCGAUGAUUGUCGCUAUCAGCAUGCUGACGGAUGCGCGCCUCCUCGAUCUUCGUUGUAGACAAGCGAUGAUCGAUGAAUUCGAUCUGGACGGGGAUGGCGAGAUCUCUGAGCAAGAGUUCAUUCAGAUCAUGAUGGACGAUGCCUAG